AUGACUGUAGAAAAACAUUUUGCACCAGAAUUAUCUGCUGCUAAGCUUGGGUCUGGGGGCGAUACUUUGUUUGCCGAUACUGUAGAAGCCUACAAGAGGUUAUCUCCCAAAUUUAGAGAGUUUUUGGAAACUUUGAGCGUUGUGCAUACAGGUAAGGGACAAGCUCAAUUUUCAGGAAUUGAAGGUGGUAUUAUCCGUAGGGAACCAGUUGAAAGCGUUCAUCCCUUGGUUAGAGAACAUCCUGUUUUGAAGGAAAAAAUUUUAUUUGUCAACCAAGGAUUUUCUAAAAGAAUUGUUGGACUAAAAAGGGGUGAAAGUGAUGUUCUUUUAGACUUUUUAACCAGAUUGGUCGAAAAUACCCAUGAUUUGCAAAUUAGAGCACACCAUACCCCUGGUUCCGUUGUUAUCUGGGAUAAUAGAAGAACUCAACAUGGGAUAACUUUUGAUUUUGACAAGCCGGUCUUGAGACAUUUGGCCAGAGUCACUGCUACGGGUGAACGUCCGGUUGUUGACUUGAAAUAUUUAAAUGAUAUAAAUUACAAGGCAUAA